GUGACUUCAGCCGGCGCCCAGAGCCAACGCGGCAAGGAAGGCCGGGUCCCCGCCCACGGCCCCGGCCGCAGGUGCCAGGAGCCCGAGGGGGGCCGCGCCUGGACGCGCGAGGCUGGGGACCGUCAGGCGCCGGGACUGCGCUCCCGCCUCUGCCUCCGCCUCCUCUUUGUAGCGAGUCCCCGGUCGGUCCUCCCCGCCCCCCGCGCGGCCCGCCGCCCGCCUUUCUUCCUGCCUCGCCUUCCUGCGGCGCGGCGGCCUCAUCUAUUAUAGAUGCUCGGCCGCGGCUGACAUCAGCCAGCGGCCUCCAGAGCGCGCGGUCCCCAGCCCGGCCCAGCCGCCCGCCGCCGCCCGCGCCCAGCCCCGCCGCCCGCUUUCUGCAUGACUGUCACAAAGAUGUCCUGGCGACCGCAGUACCGAAGUUCCAAGUUUCGGAACGUGUACGGGAAAGUGGCCAACAGGGAGCACUGCUUUGACGGGAUCCCCAUCACCAAGAACGUCCACGACAACCACUUCUGUGCAGUCAAUGCCCGCUUCCUGGCCAUAGUCACUGAGAGUGCAGGAGGUGGUUCCUUCCUCGUCAUCCCCCUGGAGCAGACAGGCAGAAUCGAGCCAAACUACCCCAAGGUGUGUGGUCAUCAAGGCAAUGUGCUGGACAUCAAAUGGAACCCCUUCAUUGACAACAUCAUCGCCUCCUGCUCUGAGGACACUUCGGUGCGGAUCUGGGAGAUCCCUGAGGGCGGGCUGAAGCGGAACAUGACCGAGGCUCUCCUGGAGCUCCACGGACACAGCCGCCGUGUGGGGCUGGUUGAGUGGCACCCCACAACUAACAACAUUCUGUUCAGUGCUGGCUAUGACUACAAGGUCCUCAUCUGGAACCUGGACAUAGGAGAGCCAGUGAAAAUGAUUGACUGUCACACAGAUGUGAUCCUCUGCAUGUCCUUCAACACAGACGGCAGCCUGCUCACCACCACGUGCAAAGACAAGAAGCUUCGCGUGAUUGAGCCCCGCUCUGGCCGUGUUCUGCAGGAGGCAAACUGCAAAAACCACAGAGUGAACCGGGUAGUGUUCCUGGGCAACAUGAAGCGGCUCCUCACGACAGGGGUCUCCAGGUGGAACACCAGACAGAUUGCCCUCUGGGACCAGGAGGAUCUGUCCAUGCCAAUGAUCGAGGAAGAAAUUGAUGGACUCUCAGGCCUCCUGUUCCCAUUCUAUGAUGCUGACACCCACAUGCUCUACCUGGCUGGAAAGGGGGAUGGAAACAUCCGGUACUAUGAGAUCAGCACGGAGAAGCCCUACCUGAGCUACCUCAUGGAGUUCCGCUCCCCAGCCCCACAGAAAGGCCUAGGUGUCAUGCCCAAGCAUGGGUUGGAUGUGUCUGCUUGCGAGGUCUUCCGCUUCUACAAGCUCGUGACUCUCAAGGGCCUAAUUGAACCCAUCUCCAUGAUUGUGCCCCGGAGGUCAGAUUCCUACCAGGAGGACAUUUACCCCAUGACGCCAGGCACAGAGCCAGCGCUGACCCCUGAUGAAUGGCUGGGAGGCGUCAACCGAGAUCCCGUGCUGAUGUCUCUGAAGGAAGGCUAUAAGAAGUCUUCAAAAGUGGUAUUUAAGGCCCCCAUCAGAGAAAAGAAGAGCGUCGUCGUCAACGGCAUAGAUUUAUUAGAAAAUGUCCCUCCCAGGACAGAGAAUGAGCUCCUCAGGAUGUUCUUCAGGCAGCAGGAUGAGAUUCGGAGGCUGAAGGAGGAGUUGGCACAGAAGGACAUCCGGCUCCGUCAGCUCCAGCUCGAACUGAAAAAUCUGCGCAACAACCCCAAGAACUGCUAGCCCCGCCUCGGGCUGUGCUAGCCCCUCCUCGGGCUGUGCUAGCCCCUCCUCGGGCUGUGCUAGCCCCGCCUCGGGCUGUGCUAGCUCCUCCUCGGGCUGUUUUCCAAGCCGAUCUCUCCGUUGAUUCUACUGGUCCCUAAACUGCCUCUUAUCUGUAGAGCCCAGAGACAGGGCCUGGACUGAAGCUGGGGACCAGUUGGUAGACCCUACCUACCACAUCAAGAACUGGAAGCUGACCUUUGACCUCCUGACUUUAUGCUAACACCAGUUCCCCAGCUUCUCCUGGAAAGCCCACCCCUGACUGGCUGCCCUUUUCCUUGCAGCCCCAAGAGCCAGGCUUCCCCUUGGCUCCCUGCAGGUGUCCUCGGAGGGACAGGAAGAGUGGGAUUACAUCGAUUUAGAAAUUGAAUUUGUCCCCUGCAGAGGGGCUGCCAGGACCUAUCUACACAGGAACCAGUCGCUCAGAUCCCAGCAUUACUUUCUGAAGCACAGUGAGGGCUGGAUUGAGGGUAGAGUGCUCUGCCCACCUCCUGCCUCAUUCUGCUCCCAGCUGCCCAGCAAGCUCAGCUCAUCUCCACCAAUGGUGAGCACCUGGCAGCUGGCCCUUCUCUUUCUGAACUCUCUCCUACCCCCCUUGUCUUCAGGGAAUGAAGAGGCCGCUCUCCAAGGCCAUAAUGACCCUUUGCCUACCCUGUGGUUCUCUUCAAAGCUCUUUUACACCCCCUUUCCAUUUAAUUUGUGAAGCAGGCAGGGUAGGAAGUAGUGUCCCCACUUGUCAAAUGACAGAACUGAGGGCUGCCAUCAGGAAGCAAAUUUAUAGUCACCCAGAGGGUCAGCAGUGGACCAAGUACCCUUGGUAUCCAGACCCCACGGCCAGGCCCUUCCCACUGUAUUGAGAUGCCAAUCCCUUUGUGGGCUUCCGCCGAAUGAGACCUGGAAGCCACUUCCACUGUCUGCCCAACACCAGUAGUGCCAACAUGCCAUACUGCCAGGUUGAGGCCCUUACACUCAGUGCCCCUGGACCCCCUGGCCUGCACUCUUUGCUCUCACUCCGUAGGGGGUGGGGGGUGAGGGGAGGGCCUCCAUCUGACAUGAGGCCUCUUCCUGGAAGCUGAGGCAGAGAAAGGGUAGAGUUUGGCCCUAGGGCAGGCGGAACAAGAUGGCUUCCAGGGAUGCUCUGCCUGUCUCCCUCCACUCCCCUCCCUUCUCACUUCCAACCCUGCUAUCUCAGCCACUUUCAGCCUUACACACGCAGGAUGACCACAGCCACUCCACCCACACAGCACUUUAAAGUUUCCCCAGUUGUUUGACACAUAGCUCUCACCGACUCGUGCAUCUGCCCUACUUUACAGUGAAGGAAACUGGGAAGUGACCCUCUCUGCACGAAGCUCUGGGAUGCUGCAUCUCCUUCGGUCUUUUACACACACGCUUGCUUUAUCCUCUCUCCCCCUCCCCUUUUUCCAUCUCCCCACCUAACACAUGGAGCUCAAAAGGACUGGUGUCAGGACAGUCACGGCCAUUCGGGCAGAGGAGGUGUGGGAAUCUCUGUCUUUGGCUGGGAUCUGCUAUACAUAGGACACUUCUUGCCUGCCCUUCCCAUGGCCACCCUGCAAAAACUUCCCAACUGCAGAGGCCCUCCUGGGGAACGGGGAGGUGAGGUUCCCCAGCCCUGGGGUCUCUCCUCUCCAACCACGGAUGCUCCCUGUUGCCAGCGUGCUGAAGCACGUUCUCCUCCUGCACCACCGUGGCUAAACUGUCGGCUCUCAUCUCCCCCUCCUGGAGCUUUCUUUCUCUCAUUGACCUUUGUGGUCUUCUGUGAUUAUUUAUGCUGCCUCCCAAGGAUAGAAUUGAAAUAAAAUGUUUUGAAGUUAUCAAGCCAA